AUGGCCAACGCUGACGCUGGCGACGGCGGAGAGGUCAUCCUCGACGCCCCCGGCUUCAUACGCGUGUACAGGAGCGGCCGCGUCGAGCGCUUCCUGCCGGUCGACUUCGCCCCGCCCUCCACUGACGCCGCCACCGGCGUCUCCUCAAAGGACGUCGCCAUCCUCCCAGAUGCCUGCGUAUCGGCUCGCAUUUACCUCCCGGCGCCACCCUCCUCCGGAAGUUACAGCGGCAAGCUCCCCGUCCUGGUGUUCUUCCACGGUGGCGGGUUCUGCCUCGGUUCGGCGUUCGACGCAGCGGUGCACGCCCACGCCAACCGGCUCGCCGCGGCGGCCAGCGCAAUCGUCGUGUCGGUGGAAUACCGCCUCGCGCCGGAGCAUCCGGUCUCCGCGCUCUACGGGGACGCAUGGGCGGCGCUCCAGUGGGUGGCCGCGCACGCCGCGGGCCGGGGGCAGGAGCCCUGGCUGACCGCCCACGCGGACCUCGGGCGCGUCCACGUCGGCGGAGAGAGCGCGGGCGCCAACAUUGCGCACCACGCCGCGAUGCGCGCUGGCAGCGAGGAGCUGGGCCACGGCGUGAAGCUCAGCUCGCUCGUACUGAUCCAUCCCUACUUCCUGGGAGGCGAGAGCUCCGAGACGGACGAGAUGGGCGUAGCGUUGCUCCGCGAGCUCGUCCGGCUGUGGCCUGUGGUGUGCCCGGGCACGAGCGGGUGCGACGGCGACCCGUUGAUCAAUCCGAUGGCAGAGGGUGCCCCCAAUCUCGCUAGCUUGGGGUGCCGGCGCGUGCUGGUGUGCGUCGGGGGAAAGGACCCGAUGAGGGGCAGAGGAAGUCUGUAUUGUGAGAAGCUGAAGGGAAGUGGGUGGCGCGGGGAGCUGGAGGACUGGGAGGCGGACGGUCAGGGACACGGUUUCCAUCUCUCGUGCCCCAUGAGCGCAGAGGCGGAGGCGCAAGUCCGGGUCAUCGCUGAGUUUCUGAGCUAUGGAUGA